GACCCAGUGCCGGAACGUUAAGUAGCUUCUCUGCUUUCUUGCCGGAAGGUACUUCAGGUUACAAUCUACGUUUCCGGUUGCCUCCUGCUGGAGGGUUGAAUAUUCAGUGUCCUGAGAGGUCAGAUUGCUGUCAGAUAUGGGCCAUGGUCAUGGACAUGGACAUGGACAUGGACAUAAUAAAAUGGAACUUCCUGAUUAUAGGAAAUGGAAGAUUGAAGGAACACCUUUAGAAGUGGUCCAGGAAAAGCUGGCUGCACGAGGAUUACGGGAUCCAUGGGCCCGCAAUGAAGCAUGGAGGUUCAUGGGUGGCUUUAAACACAAUGUCUCCAUUGUUGGUGCAAUACUGAAAGGAUUCAAGUGGGGGUUUGCUGCCUUUGUGGUAGCUGUAGGGGCUGAGUACUUCCUGGAGUCCCGGAAGGAAGAAAAGAAGCAUCAUUGAAGACAAUGCCUGGAAGGAUUUUAAUGGCCUCUCAACUCAUGUAUCAAACAAGGUGUCUUCGUUGUAUCCUACUUGUUUGUGUGUUUGUCCCUUAAAAGCUACUAGUAAAACUUAAAUGAACAAAGAAAA